AUGAGCCCUGAAGGUAAUCUAACAAUUUGCUCAUUUUCACCACCAUUCUAUUUAAAAAUUGUUCUGGAAAUUGUUGGAUUUGUCUCGAUUCCAUUGAUGAUUUUGGUAGCUUAUUUGGUAUGGAAACAUUCAUCGACGACGAAGACUUUUCGAGCAUGUUUGACGUAUUUACAGGUACAAUUUGGGAAUAACGAGAGGCGCUACAAAUUUUGCAAACAAAUUUUAAAUUUAGAUUCAGAUUUGAUUGUAUAAUGUUUCAAAAAAAAAAUGAACACUCAAAUCUAGAAUUUUUGAAACGUAACAUUCCCUUCAUCUUUUUUUCAGAUAGUCUCAUUCACCGUUGAAACGGACAUGGCUGUGAAUCAACCUUGGUACAAUUUUCCAUUUCUAGCUGGUUAUAGUCAAUCUAAACUUGCCGCCUAUCUAAAUAUUCCAACUCAUGCAUUAAUGAUGUUUUUCGUAUUUUUUCUAUGUUCUGAAAUUCCCGCUUGUCUUCAAUGUUUUUAUUAUCGAUUUGAGGAGACUAGAAAAUUAAGAGGGAAGAAAGAAUUGUGGAAAAUCGGUUUGAUUUAUGUGAUAAUUUCACAUUUUUAUCCAUUCGUUGCGAUUUAUUUAUUCAAUCUAACAAAAGCUUCAUUCGAAAGACAAUAUGAGAUUAUGUUGAAAAGUUAUCCGAAAUGUGUUUCGCUGUUUACUGAAACAUCUUUCGAAAUGUAUGAUAAAGAAUGUGAUGGAUUGAUAUAUUGUAUCAUAUUUUUCACAAUUAUUCUGACAUUUUCAAUUUUGUGAGUUGGAAACAAAAUUUAAUAACAACACCUCGAUUUUUCAGAUUUGGUGGAAUUUUCGCUUUGGGAACUCUAUAUAUUUUACUCGAUUUUCGAACUCUAAUGUCUAAAAGUGCUUUCAAUGCCAAUAUUCUAGCUCUAAUUAAUCUGGUAAUUAUAUCACUUUGCCCUGUAUUUUUCGUCGUUUUUCCCACAGUAUUUUGUCUUUUUGUAAUAGUAUUUGAAAUUGUUGAAUAUCAAGGUUAGCUUGGUUUAAUUUAUUCAAAAAAAUCACAUUUAUUUACAGUCUAUGCCAAUUUAUCAAUGGUUUUUGUAACUGGACAUUCAUUGGUUUAUUCGAUUGUUGUAAUAUUGACAAAUGAAAGAUAUCGAACAAUUUUGAAAAAAUGGAUUUUACGUAAAAAUAAUCAAGUAGUGAAUAAUAGAAUGAUACGAUUUGUUGAAACAAUUAAAACUUUUCCGUGA